UUGAGUAGGUGAAAAGACGCAGAUCUGAGGGCCUGGACGUUGGCCGAAUGGUUAAAUCUAACCUUCAAACGAUACUGAAUAGUCAUUGUUUUGUCAGAGAAAAAGAGAGUAAUAUAUCCAAGAUGCCAGUGAUCGAAAUGACCCACAAUAAACCCGAGAGUGAAAGUCCCCGGCGGUGCUCCGGCUGUUGCAGUAACCCGUGUCCGGGGCCUCUGUGGUGCUCCGAUGCCCCUCUCCCACCCCUGAAGAUCCCAGGUGGGCGAGGGGACGAUCAGAGGGAUCACAAUCUUUCAGCUAAGAUAUUCUACUCUGAUGCUCAGUUGCUGGUUCUGGAGGAGUCACCCCCCCCCUCGAACGGCCGCGUGCGUUUCCUGCUCUUUGAGCCUCGGCACUUGGAAGGCAAACACAUCGUGUGGAGGGGGGCGCUGAAAGGAGCAAAUCUUUACAUCGAAAUUCCUCCCGGAGCUCUUCCGGAGGGCAGCAAGGACAGCUUUGCUCUCUUGCUAGAAUUCGCUGAAGAGAAACUUCAAGUUGAUCACGUUUUCAUCUGCUUCCAUAAGAAUCGUGAUGAUAGAGCAUCCCUACUGCGGACGUUCAGUUUCCUGGGCUUUGAGAUUGUGAGACCGGGCCAUCCCCUCGUCCCAACCCGCCCCGACGCUUUCUUCAUGGCUUACAGUAUCGAGAGAGACUCAUCCGACGACGAAUAACGCCGACCGCCUGCACGCGCUCACUCACUCACACACUCACACACACGCGCACACACACACAUUGAUUUGAUUACACUCAUGCACCAAAUGUUGUCAUUUCUCAAGAUAAAAUUAGCAACUCUUUGCAUUUGUUGUUUCCUGUGAAUUAUUUUUUUUGUUUUUGUUUGUGUUGCUCUUUCAGUGGUUGUGCUAUAUUAUGCUGAUAUUUGCACUAGUGAGAACCUGAAUUCCACUCGACGAAUAGAGCUCAAAAUUCUCGCCGCUGGGUUUUAAUUCCUAAACGAAUUUUCUUCCUUGUUAAUUCUCCCUCUCUUUCUUCAUAUCCAUAUAGACUUACCCUCUCCAUCUCUGGAAUGUCAUAUUUAUGGUUUAAAAUUCCCAUAAGACAAACUAUUGUAUGUAGUUUUUGUUUUCAUUGCUGUUUUUUUUCCAUGUUUAUAAUUUUUUUUUUUUUCUUACCGUGUGCAUGAAUCUUGGGGUUUUAGUUUAAGACAAUUGACCGAUCUGCAUGUUGUCACAGUACGCAGAAUAAAAUGCUUACUUUACUCCAAA